AUGAAGUUAAUCGAGUUCAGACUGACCAUGCCUCUGACCAUGGAGGAGUUCAAUAUCUGCCAAAGAUAUCUACUGGCAAGAGUGACACAGCAAGAUACAAACAAUACCAUCACAGGAGUGGGAAAGAAUAACAGAACAGAUGUAAGGAAAUUAGUACUAUUUAAAAAGGGUACACUGGACGAUGAAAAUGGAAAGGCAGUAGAUUACACAUUCAAGAGAAUGAAUCUUGUAAGUAAAAUUCCAAAAUGGUUACAAAAUUUUGUGGACCCAAAAUAUUGCCUUGUAGAUGAGAAGUCUUGGAACAGUUCCCCUAAUUUAAAGGUCGAAUACGAAGCUAAGGGUUUCCCGAAAGCAAGCGUGAAGGUAGAUUCAACGCAUCAUAUGGGUUACAACACAGAGGAGAAUGCGUUUAACAUUUCGGAUGAAUUAUUGGCACAGAGGAAAGUUAUCCUAAUCGAUAUAGUGAACGAUAAGGUGUCCUGUGAAGAUUACAAUCCUGAGGAAGACCCAACGGUUUUCUACAGUGAAAAGGCAAAAAGAGGAAAGCUAGGAGAAAAUUGGAUAGAAAAUAGCAAAGUCGUCGUAACGUGCUAUAAGCUGUUCACUAUAGAUAUCCCCUACUUUGGAGUUUUGUGUUCUAAAUUAGAAAAUUGGAUCGUUAAUGCGAUUAAGAAGAACUUGCUGAAAUAUCAUCGUAAGGCACUAUGCUGGAUUGACGAAUGGUAUAAUUUAACCGAAGAACGGAUAGAUAUGUUCGAAGAAGGAUUACGGGAAAGGUUGGAAAAUUUUUGGAAAGAAGUUGGACUGGAUGUAGAAAAAGAUUCGAAUUUGGCUGUACAGUUUAUGGCCGAACAACAAGCUCGUGGUGCAUUCGAAAAAUAUGUUAAUAAUUGUGACGAUGGGGAUAUGAUCAAAAUGGAUGACCCGUCCAUAGGUUCUACGAAGAGCGGUUCUUCUGAUGGAGACACUACCAAUAGUUAUUUCCCUCCAACAAAGAAGGAGCAUAUGAAAGUUCCUUGCAUCAAAGGUAGAACCCUCUCUGGUGUAAGCACGAACCUGAACACAUCUGAUUUAGGGGAAAACUCUGAGGAGAAAGCAGACAAGAAAGAUAAAAGUGUGAAGAAGAAGAAGAAAAAAAAAAAAAAGAAAAGUGGAAGCGAAGAGGAGGAAGGAGAAAAGGGUAGUAAAGGAAGUAAGAAGAGCGCCAAGUCGGAAGGUAAAGAAAAAAGUAAAAAAAAAGGGGAAGAAGUGGACGUAAAAAGAACGGAAGGUUGUGAUCCAUGUGGAAGUCAAGGUAACCAUGAAGGAGGAGAAUGUUCCAAACUGGCAGAAGCAGAUACAUCAACCGAAGCGGGAGAUGAAUCCACGACAACCGUUUCGAGUACGUUGAAUGUGGACGAGGAACCUUACGCACAGGAGGAAGAACCCACUGUGGAUGUGGAUGAUGACGGGGAUAAGGACGACAACAACGAAGAAGUGAUCGAGGAAGAACGACCAACGAAGAAGAAAAUUUCCAAGGGUAGUAAAUCCUCAAAGGAUGACAUCAAUAAGAAGAAGUCCAAGAAGCCGAUAUCCUCAAAUGGAGAAGGAGGUUUGGAGGAGGUUGAAAAUGAAGCAGCGAAAAAUAUAACGCUCGGUACACCUGGUGAUGUCAAAAUUAGGAGGCGAGUUUUGAGGGAAGUCCAUAAAAUGGACGAGGAUAUUCUCUUAACGGAGGAGGAGGAAGAAGGAGUGGUGGUGUCCCCCAUGGGAGGAGUAACAAACGACGGUGAUACCAUCGUGCAGAAGAACUUAAACGGGGAUGUGCUUCACAUGGGUACAGAACCCACUGUUGAUCGUGCGUUUGUAUACAAGAGUGGUGAACACCUGGAUGGUGAGUAUACAAAGUAUGUGCACGGAAUAAACGAAGGAGUGUCGUCCCGCCCGUGGAAGUUACACUAUGUCUUCGUAACGAAAAAUAAAAUGAACUCUGCUGAGGGUGGAAUCAUGAACCCCUUGUCAACAGAAAAAUACUUGAAACGUAUCCAUGAGCAAAGGAUAGGAAAAUUUAAAGGGGGGGACGGUUUACUUAUGGAUAACCCCUUCACCAAAAGGAUGAAAAUGUUAAAUUGCGAAAAUGGAAUGCAGAUGAGCAAGUGCAGGAUUGAUGGCGCGAAUAAUGGGGAAGGAGGAAAUGAUCAUCUCUUCACCCCAAUUGAUCUGAAAAAUUUCUACCCACAAGACGGAGCAAGUGUGGAAUGCAUGUUCCAGAACGGACACACAGUCCCAUAUAACGAUGCGGACGCCAUUUUGCGCUCGUUUAACGUGGUUAACAAUGCAGUGGAAGAAAACCAAAUGGUGGACCAUUUCGCACAGAACGAGGAAAAUAUAUACAAUUACAGGGAAGACAUGAGGCCCAAAGAUAGCAACACGUCCCUUUCCCUUUUUUAUGUCAUCGCAAUGAUAUGUUUUGUGUAUUCAUCCAUGUCAAUAUAUAAACGCGCUAGGUCCCUUUUUUACUUCCUCUUCUCUGCUUUCAUAUGCGCUUGUGCAUUCGUGUAUUAUGAGUACUGGAAUCACUCCUGCUUCAACCAAGGCAAUGUAUACAAGUUUUCCAUGAACGCCCCAGGGAGCAUUAAUUCAGUGACGUCCUUUCUAGAUGUCCAGAGGAAACAAAAUCCCCAAGAGGAGUUUUACAGGAACCUUCACAAUACGCUUUACGAGAUGAACAAGACGACCCUGAACUUCGCAUCGAACUCCCUCAAUGCAGAGUUUCAGAGCGCAAUUUUGAAGAACUUCAAUGAAAUUUUUUCCGCCAAGGGUGUCAAGAAGUUUGCUCAAUAUAUGGACAACUCAUAG